CUGCACUAUAUCAUUUCACCACGGGUCCUCCAACCCUCCUCCGAUCAUCCUCUCUCGCCUGCGUCCUGGAUAGCGACUUCACCGAGAUCCUUCCCUGUCCUGCAGGGCCUCAAGGAUGAGUUCAACCUCGGAUGGGGCUCAGCACUUUUCGAGCAGUCUUGACGGAGCCACAAUCUGCGUACUUCUCUGGAGCGGUUUGUACUUAUGGGAGAUCGUAAGAGCCCUGCCGUUCAAUUGGAUGGUCCUCUCCGGCAAGAGGGGGUGUCGAUGGGGAAUUUUCGUCUUAUACUGGCCUUUUCGUACCCUUGCUGCUCUUUCCUUCGCGUUCGCCAUCAUCAAUAUCUUCCCGCCUCAAUGGCAGCCCCACUCCGCCCUGACUUUGCACUAUGUGGGCGAGAGUGUAAACAUGAUUGCACGAGUUAUGGUGUAUCAUAUGCUCACAAUCCAAGUAGCUGCCGUAUGGAAGAGCUGGUCAGUUUCAUAUCCCUUGGUAGCAGGAAUGUUGUCAGUUUGGGCCGUCACCGCCUUCUGUAUCUCACGUAUACGAACUGACUGGGGGGCAACCAUCAUGCUGAAGGUCUUCACUAGCUGCUGUCUGUGCCUUUGCACAGCUAUCUUCGCCUUGUUUGUUGCCGGCCUGAUAAGAGCUCGAGCGCAGAGCCGCAGCAACCCUCUACAUCAAAGAUACGGUCAGAUGUCACCCUGGGCGAUGCUGCGGGAAGAGCGGGUCCAGUUCGUCGUCCCGCUCUGGGUGGCGCAGGUCAUUGAUUCGUCGACGAAGCUUGCUGCGAACAGAAUCAGUGGUUUCACUGCAGUCGGCAUCACUUGUUAUAUCGUGAUCAUCGUCAGCGGAGGCAGAGCUUACCAGCACAUGGUGAACCACAGCGACGUCUGCCCGAUGACCCGCGUGCCUUGCCUUAUAACCUCCGUCGUCCGGUCGAGCAAGAGCAGGCCGAAGGGCGGCGACCUCACCGACGGCUCUCCCGUCGUGCGCCUAUCGCAAGAGCGCCAGCACUCGCAGCUUUUCGGCUGCCCCCACCAGCAUAGGCGCACGUCCACGUCGACCAGCAAGUGCGUCACACGGCACGACGUCAUUGAGCUCGAGAUGCUGAACAGCCUCGACCGCCUGCCGUCCGCCGCGUCGGGCGACACAGCGAAGCAUCCGGUGACCGACGAGUCGGCAUCGUCCGCCGAGGUCAGGUCCGUCCUGAAGGACGCCGACGCCUCACUGAGCCCGUGACCCUGCCGAGUGAGUGCACCCGCUCGCUGCUCGCACGCAGAUCGCAGUAAUCCAUCGCAAACCCCGUCUCGUUGAUCUCUUGAUCGCUCGUACUAUCCCCAUGGGCGCCACCGCACGCGCCACGCCGCCCGUGGUACGCUAGAUCGUGUCGACUGUCCCGCUCAUGUUCGGCCGUACACGCAUGUAGCCUCUGUCCUCUAUAUCUCCUCUGCCCCUGACAUUCGUUUGCAAUUCGCGUGUAUAGAAGAACGAAGCGCGCGCAUACCAAUCCCUGACACACGUACUCACGACAGUGUGUUUUCUUUAUAUAUAUCUCCGUUUGAG